AUGGAAUCUAUUUUCCAUUCUUUCUUUUUUCAUUAUCUAUCUAUCUAUCUAUCUAUCUAUCUAUCUAUCUAUCUAUCUAUCUAUCUAUCUACUCUUCCUUCUUCUUUUUUUAAUAAAGAAAAACUUAUUCACCCUGAUCGCAUUUUUCUCCUUAUGUCACACAAACCUCGCCACUUGAGGGCUUCUUUUCUUUCAAUUCUCUCCUCUUAUCACACAAGUACAAGAUUUCGUUCGCGACCCACGGUUGGAUUUUCGUUCGCGACCCACGUUCUGCUUCCAUUUGGCGAACUUGGAAUUUUACGUUUCACUUUUCAUAUUUGCUUUAUGUAUAUUUUUUCUCUUUCUGAUCUAUCUAUCUAUCUAUCUAUCUAUCUAUCUAUCUAUCUAUCUGUGUCUGUUCAUUAUCUAUCUAUCUAUCUAUCUGUGUCUGUUCAUUAUCUAUCUAUCUAUCUAUCUAUCUAUCUGUGUCUGUUCAUUAUCUAUCUAUCUAUCUAUCUAUCAUAUAGAUAG